AUGGGGAAAGUUGGUACUGGUGCAAUUUUGAGGGAUGGUUCAGGCAGAGUUAUUACGGUUGCAACCUCCAUUGAGAAUCCAGUUGCUCAACCUAAGCAGGUAGAGUUGCUAGCUCUCUUUUAUAGCCUUCAGUUCUGUGCAUGCAUGGGAAUUGUGAAAAUCCAGGUGGAGAGAGCAACAUUGGGAAAAGGCCUAAACAGGAUGCUGGCUACGUUGUCCGGUGGUGCGCUAGCUGUCGGAGUUGAUCAGGUGGCAACUCUCUUCGAUGGGACGGGACAACCCGUAGUACUUGGAAUCUUAGUCUUUAUAAUAGCUGCAACGGUAACAUUUAUGAGAUUCUUCCCUGCACUGAAGGCAAGAUACGAUUAUGGACUGAUGAUAUUCAUAUUGACUUUCUGCUUGGUAUCUGUAUCGAGUUACCAAGAUGAUGAGGUUCUAGAUAUGGCCUGCCAGAGGCUAUACAAAAUCAUCAUUGGUAGCUUUAUUGCUAUCAUGGUAUGCAUCUGUGUAUGCCCUGUCUGGAUUGGAGAGAAUCUGCAGAACCAAAUAGCUAACAAUUUGGAAAAGCUUGGGAAUUUCUUAGAAGGAUUUGGUAGGGAAUACUUCAGAUUGUCAGAGGAAGGGCAUUCCACGGAUGAUGAUAAAUCAUUUCUUCACGGGUAUAAAAGCGUUCUGACUUCUAAAGGCAAGGAAGAAACUAUGGCCAAUUUAGCGAGAUGGGAAUUUUGGCACUAUCGUUUUGGGUUCCGUCAUCCUUGGAAUCGUUACCUUCAAGUUGGAACCUUGACUCGGCAGUGUGCCUACAAAAUUGAAGACCUCAACAGCUAUACCAAGUACUUUGAGAUCCAAGCUACACCCACCGAGUUCCGAAGAGAAAUUCACCAGCCAUGCAUAAAGAUUUGCUCAGAAUCUGGCAAAGCACUGAAGGAAUUAGCAUCAGCGAUCAAAAAAAUGAGACGGUCAACAUCAGUUAAUUUCCAUAUUGCAAACUCAAAAAUUGAAGCCGAGAAACUCAAGUCCAUGCUCAACAUGACUUCCCUUUGGGAAAAUGCGGAUUUCCGAGAGAUUAUACCAACUGCUGCAGUCGGAUUAAUUCUAAUCGACAUUGUGACAUGCAAUGAGAAAAUCGUGGAGGCUUUUCAGGAAUUAGCCUCUCGUGCUCGCUUCGAGAGGAUGGACGACAGUGUUUCACCGAGCAACGACGUAUAAUUUGCUUCAUAUAUAGCGAAAUUUCCCAUGUUGGAGUGAGUGCAUCCGUUUCAGCUUGUUAAACCCCGGUCGAGUACGAUCGAUAAUAAAUAAGAAGGCUUAACGUCGACGCAUGAUCGAGAGUAAGCCAGCAGUCUGAGAUGUAUCAAGAGAGGGGACAGUAGUUAUAUGU